AUGUCGGUUUCUUGCUGCGGAGAGGAAACAGGAGAAGAAGGAAAACCGAAACAGCGUCGGCAGCUGCCUUACGCGGCUAAGAACGGUGGAAGAAUAAGUAGAAGGGAACGAGUAGCGACUCAGAGCAGAAUCAACGAGUGUGAAGGGGGGGUGGCGGUUCACAUCUUCAAACAGCAGCUUCGCAAAACCGGUGGUGGAGGCAAAAGGUUGGCAGCGGGCGGAGGAAGUAAGGGGUGGUUGAAGGCGAGAUUUUGGGGUGCAUCUGUUUCCAUCAUUCCUAGGCCUUGCAAAAUCUUGUUGAAGCUUGCUUCAGGUAAAGCCUUAGUGAAUCUAUCUGCCAGUUGA